UGGCGCUGCGGGCGGCGCGGCCAUGGCGCGGGAGAAGCAGCCGGAGGACGCGGAGGGGACUCCCGAGCGCUCGUACCGGGAACAGCUCGACUUCCUGAACCCCAUCGCGCAGCCGCUCGCCUCCCGCAAGCUGACGCGCAAGCUCUACAAGUGCAUCAGGAAAGCGGCCAAGCACAAGCAGAUCCGCCGGGGGGUGAAGGAGGUCCAGAAGUUCAUCAACAAGGGCGAGAAGGGGAUCACGGUGCUGGCCGGCGACACGGAGCCCAUCGACGUGUACUGCCACAUCCCCAUCAUGUGCGAGGACAGGAGCCUCCCCUACGCCUACGUCCCCUCCAAAUCGGACCUGGGAGCCGCAGCCGGCUCGAAGCGCCCGACCUGUGUCAUCAUGGUCAAGCCCCACGAGGAGUACCAGGAGACCUACGAGGAGUGCCUGGCCGAGGUGGAGGCCCUGCCCCUGCCGCUCUGAGCAGCCGGCGGGGGGCGGCGGGUCCUUGUCCCCUGUCUGUGGGGACGCUGCUGGGGGGGUUGGUGAGCUC